AUGAAACAUUCAUCCAUCCUUCCUGUUUCUUUUUUGUCAAUGUUUUUUUUUCUUUCUUAUUUGUAUUUUACUAUAAUUUUUCAUUUAUCUUGUGUUUCCUUUCUUUCUUUCUUAGUCAUUUUCAUUUUCUUUUUCUCUCUUUCUGUUUUAAUCAUUUUUCUUUUUUUCUUUCCUUCUUAUUUUUAUUUUACCAGCUUAUUUCAUUUUUAUUUUUCCAGUUUAUGCCUGAAGCAUUUUCUUUUCUGUCUUAAUAAUUUUUAUUUCUUUACAUCUUAUUUAUAUUUUAUUUUUACCAGCCUAUUCUCCAUCUUGUAUUUCUCUUUCUUUCUUAUUUUACCAGCCUAUUUCUUCAUCUUGUAUUUCUCUUUCUUUCUUAUUUUACCAGCCUAUUUCUCCAUCUUGUAUUUCUCUUUCUUGCUUAAUUUACCAGCCUAUUUCUCCAUCUUGUAUUUCACUUUUUUCUUAUUUUACCAGCCUAUUUCUCCACCUUGUAUUUCUCUUUCUAUCUUAUUUUACCAGCCUAUUUCUCCAUCUUGUAUUUCUCUUUCUUUCUUAUUUUACCAGCCUAUUUCUCCAUCUUGUAUUUCUCUUUCUAUCUUAUUUUACCAGCCUAUUUCUCCACCUUGUAUUUAUCUCUCUUUCUUAUUUUACCAGCCUAUUUCUCCAUCUGGUAUUUCUCUUUCUUGCUUAUUUUACCAGCCUAUUUCUCCAUCUUGUAUUUCUCUUUCUUUCUUAUUUUACCAGCCUAUUUCUCCAUCUUCUAUUUCUCUUUCUUUCUUAUUUUACCAGCCUAUUUCUCCACCUUGUAUUUAUCUCUCUUUCUUAUUUUACCAGCCUAUUUCUCCAUCUUGUAUUUCUCUUUCUUGCUUAUUUUACCAGCCUAUUUCUCCAUCUUGUAUUUCUCUUUCUAUCUUAUUUUACCAGCCUAUUUCUCCACCUUGUAUUUAUCUCUCUUUCUUAAUUUACCAGCCUAUUUCUCCACCUUGUAUUUCUCUUUCUUUUUUAUUUUACCAGCCUAUUUCUCCACCUUGUAUUUCUCUUUCUUUCUUAUUUUACCAGCCUAUUUCUCCAUCUUGUAUUUAUCUUUCUUUCUUAUUUUACCAGCCUAUUUCUCCAUCUUGUAUUUCUCUUUCUUGCUUAUUUUGUAUUUCUUUGUAUUUCUUUUUUUUUUAUUUUACCAGCCUAUUUCUCCAUCUUGUAUUUCUCUUUCUUUCUUAUUUUACCAGCCUAUUUCACCACCUUGUAUUUCUCUUUCUUUUUUAUUUUACCAGCCUAUUUCUCCAUCUUGUAUUUCUCUUUCUUUCUUAUUUUACCAUUUCCUAUUUCUCCAUCUUGUAUUUCUUUUUUUUCUUAUUUUUUACCAGCCUAUUUCUCCAUCUUGUAUUUCUCUUUCUUUCUUAUUUUACCAGCCUAUUUCUCCAUCUUGUAUUUCUCUGUCUUUCUUAUUUUACCAGCCUAUUUCUCCAUCUUGUAUUUCUUCUUUCUUGCUUAUUUUACUUGCUUUCUUUCUCCACCUUUUCUCCAUUUUCCUAUUUCUCAAUCAUGUAUUUCUCUUUCUUUCUUAUUUUACCAGCCUAUUUCUUCAUCUUCUUUCUUUCUUACCAGCUUACUUCUUCGUGGAACAGGGUUUAG